GGCAUGCCCUGCCUUCCCAACGGGAAGCAGGUCUCAAAACCAUUUCUGUCAUUCAGAGCUUUGGUUCUGUACUUGUUCAAAUUCAUCAGUUGAGUAGCAAAACAGGGAAAAAAGUUUCCUAUUAAAUUUCUCGUUCAUAACCUUUCCGUUUCACAGUGCAGAAUGCGAAUCCAGCAUUAGGGUUCGUUACUUUUCGACAUCAUAAGUUAUAGCAUCCGGAUAUUCUAAUCUACGGUUUUCAAAUUUUAAGAGCAAUUGGGUGCAGAUUUUCAAGCGAUGGCUCAGCCUGGCAAUAAUGCCGUUGGAGUUGACAAUACAUAUCGAAGGAAAUUUAACCGAGAAGAAUAUGCAGAACGAGCUCGCGAAAGGGAGGAGAAGGAGGAUGAGGAGGGACGGUUUAAAUCCAAAUCAAAAGGUCCUCCGGUGCAAAGGAAGCCCUUAAAGCACAGGGAUUAUGAAGUAGACCUAGAUUCUCGCCUGGGAAAAACCCAGGUUGUUACCCCAAUAGCACCUUUAAGUCAGCAGGCUGGAUACUAUUGUGCUGUUUGUGAAUGUGUAGUUAAGGAUUCGGCAAACUACUUGGACCACAUUAAUGGAAAGAAGCAUCAAAGAGCUUUGGGUAUGUCAAUGCGAGUAGAACGAGCUUCUCUUGAACAGGUCCAAAAUCGAUUUGAAAUUCUUAAGAAGCGCAAAGUUGCAGGAAGCUUUACUGAGCAAGAUCUAGAUGAAAGGAUCCUGAAACAGCAGCAAGAAGAGGAGGAAAGGAAGCGACAGCGACGAGAAAGGAAGAAAGAGAAAAAGAAAGAGAAGGCAGCAGAGGAAGAAACUGAAGAAGGAGACCCUGAUGUUGCAGCUUUAAUGGGAUUUGGAGGUUUUGGUUCAUCUAAAAAAUAAUGUAAUCCAGGUCCAUCUUCUUAACCAAAAAAUUUGGUGCUGCUGCAAUUCUGUUCCAGAACAUAGCUGUUGAGAGUGACAAAGGAUUUGUAAGGAACAGUUGUAUC